AACACUUUCUCAACUAGUCUUCCUACCAUGGUUAACCAACUGAAGUUGCUCCCAUUGUCCUCGGCCUUCCUUGUGUUCAUUUUCAUGGUGUUUAAGAUACUGAUGAGAUCCAAAAUAAAGGGCUCACCCCAAAAUCUACCUCCUGCACCAUGGAAAUUACCUAUUAUAGGGCACUUGCACCUUUUAUUUUUCUCUCUUCCCCAUCAACGUUUGACAGAACUUGCCAAAAGGAAUGGAUCCUUGAUGCACCGACAACUUGGUGAAUUAUCACACAUUGUUGUUUCUUCUCCAGAGGCUGCUAGAGAAGUUAUGAAAACACAUGAUAUCAAUUUUGCUACCAGGCCCUAUCUCCUUGCUGCAGAAAUCAUAACGUAUAAUUUUUCAGAUAUUAUUUUUGGUCCAUAUGGAGGUUAUUGGAGGCAGUUUCGAAAAGUAUGCACAUUGGAGCUGCUUAGUACGAGACGUGUACAAUCAUUCCGAUCAAUUAGAGAAGAGAAGGUAUCAAGUUUGGUUAGAUCCAUCUUUUCUAGUACAGGAUCGGAAAUCAACCUCGGAGAACUGUUAUGCAACUUAUCAUAUAACAUCACUUUAAGGACUGCAAUUGGCGGAAGAUGCAAGCAACAUGAAACAUUCCUUUCAAUUCUGAGGAAACUAGUGGAACUUGCAUCAGGUUUUAGUAUUACUGAUCUGUUUCCUUCCUUCAAAUUGCUUCCUGUGAUCAGCGGGAUAAGAGCCAAACUUGAGAGGAUGCACCGCGACUUAGACGAGAUGCUUGAAAGCAUUAUUGAAGAACAUAAAGCUAGCAAUGCAAAUCCGAAGAACAGUGAUGAUGUAACAGAUGAUCUAGUUGAUGUUCUUUUGCAUCUUCAGGAUCAUGGAGACCUUGAGUUUCCCUUAACAACUGACCACAUCAAAGCUGUUAUCCUUGACAUGAUUGCAGCUGGAACCGAGACAUCUUCAACUACAGCAGAAUGGGCAAUGUCAGAAAUGAUGAAAAAUCCUAGAGUCCUGGAGAAAGCACAAGCUGAGGUGAGGCGAAUCUAUGAUGGAACAGGGGAUGUUAAUGAAUCAUAUGUUCAUGAAUUAAAAUACUUGAAGUUAGUUAUCAAGGAAACUCUAAGAUUACACCCUCCUCUACCUUUGCUACUUCCAAGACAAAAUACUGAGAGGUGUGAGAUUAAUGGAUAUGAGAUACCAGCCAAGACCAAAGUAAUUGUUAAUGCUUGGGCAAUUGGAAGAGAUUCCAACUACUGGAAUGAAGCCGAUAAGUUCAUUCCGGAGAGAUUCACUGAUAGUUCAGUCGACUAUAAAGGGACUAACUUUGAAUAUAUUCCGUUUGGUGCUGGAAGGAGGAUAUGUCCGGGCAUGUCAUAUGGUAUGGCUGUUGUUGAGCUUAUCCUUGCGCAAUUACUGUACCAUUUUGAUUGGAAACUCCCUAAUCGAAUGAAAAAUGAGGAUCUAGACAUGAAUGAGGCCUUUGGCAUUACUGUUAGAAGAGAAAGAGAUUUGUACCUGGUUCCCAUUCCUUACUACCCACAGCCAUCCGUUCGGUCACUUGCACCAUUUAGUUCUCUCUCUUCCCCAUCACCUCUCGAGGGAAUUAGCCAAAAGGCAUGGUCCGAGGAUGCUAAUGAAGUGUUGAAAAAACAUGAUAUCCAUUUUUCUAACAAGCCCUUUAGCAUCAUAUGGAUGGCUAUGCUACUGCAAGCAACUUCGGGAAGCUUGCACAUUGGAGCUGUUAAUUACGAAACGUACAAUCUUUCCGAUCAAGCAGAGAAGAGCAGAUCCAUCAUGGAUAACCAAUUCCACUUUCUUCCAUUGUCCUUCACCUUCCUAGUGUUCAUUUUCAUGGUGUUUAAGCUACGUGCGAGAUCCAAAGUAAAGGACUCACGGGAAAAACUACCUCCUGCACCAUGGAAACUACCUCUUAUAGGGCAGUUGCACCAUUUAGUUUUCUCUCUUCCCCAUCUCCGCUUGACGGAAUUAGCCAAAAGGCAUGGCCCCGUGAUGCACCUUCAACUUGGUGGAUUAUCACUCGUUGUUGUUUCUUCUCCCGAUGCUGCUAGAGAAGUGUUGAAAACACAUGAUAUCAAUUUUGCCAACAGGACCUCUCUCCUUUUUGCAGAAAUCAUUUGGUAUAAUUAUACAGAUAUUGUUUUUGCACCAUAUGGAGGCUAUUGGAGGCAGCUUCGAAAAGUUUGUACAUUGGAGCUGCUAAGUACGAAACGUGUACAAUCAUUUCGAUCUAUCAGAGAAGACCAGGUAUCGAGUUUAAUUAGAUCCAUCUUAUCCAAUGCAGGAUCGGAAAUCAACAUUGGAGAAAUGUUAUGCAACUCAUCAUACAACAUCACUUCAAGGUCUUCUUUCGGCGGAAGGUGCAAGCAACAUGAAACUUUCAUUUCAACUGUAAAGGAAGUUCUGGAUGUGGUUCAUAUUUUUAGUAUUUCUGAUCUGUUUCCUUCUGUCAAAUUGCUUCCUGUAAUCAGCGGGAAGAGAGCCAAACUCGAGAGGUUUCACCAUGACUUAGACGUGAUGCUCGAAAGCAUCAUUGAAGAACAUAGAGUUAGCAAUGCGAAUCCAAAUAACAGCGAUGAUGUAACCGAGGAUUUUUUGGAUGUUCUUUUGAAUCUUCAGGAUCAUGGAAGCCUUGAAUUUCCCUUAACAACUGACAACAUCAAAGCUGUUCUCCUGGACAUGCUCAUAGGUGGAACUGAGACAUCUUCAACAACAGUAGAAUGGGCAAUGUCGGAAAUGAUGAAAAAUCCUAGAACACUGGAGAAAGCACAAGCCGAGGUGAGGCGAGUAUACGAUAGAACAGGCGAUGUCAACGAAUCGGACCUUCACAGAUUGAAGUACUUGAAGUUAGUUAUCAAGGAAACACUAAGAUUACACCCUCCUAUAUCUUUUCUAGUUCCAAGAGAAAAUACUGAGAGAUGUGAGAUUAAUGGGUAUGAGAUACCAGCCAAGACCAAAGUGGUUGUUAAUAUAUGGGCAAUUGGAAGAGAUCCCAACUACUGGAAUGAAGCCGAUAAGUUCAAACCAGAAAGAUUCAUCGACAGUGCAGUCGACUAUAAAGGGUCUAACUUCGAAUUUAUUCCCUUUAGUGCUGGUAGGAGGAUGUGUCCAGGCAUUUCAUAUGGAAUGGCUGUUGUUGAGCUUUCACUUGCACAGUUACUUUAUAAUUUUGAUUGGAAGCUCCCUAAUGGAAUGAAAAACGAGGAUUUGGAUAUGGCUGAGGCCUUUGGUCUUACUGUUAGAAGGAAAAGAGACCUGCAUCUGAUUCCAAUUCCGUACCAACCACCACCAUGUGUUCAAUAGUUAGAAAUGUAUUACAGAUGAUCUCUUUGUAAUGCCGGUGAGAAGAUUUUCAGAUCACAUCUCUAUCUAAAUAAUGCUCCCUUUAA